AUGUCAGACAAUAUAGAGUCGGGUCAGGACUCGGGUCAACAGUCGCUGCCGUCGGACACGAAUCUGCCGGCAGUGGCUUUGGUUGACGUCCAGAUUGUCGUCAAUUACAUCCGACGAGUGGUUCCGGCGCUUCUCGAAGACGACAAUGUCAUCCAUCCAUCGCUGGAGUUAUGCCUCAGGAAUGACACAACUGUUGAGAAAAUCCGCAAAUUUGUGUCCGACGGACAAAUGCGAUCACUUCUCGUCCAAAGAUCGUCCACAAAAGAAGAGGAAGAGGUGUCGGAGUCGGGCGGCGACACCGAAGACAAUGUGGUUUAUUUGAUCUCAGAAGAGGUCCGCUUUAUGAACGCAAAGAUCAAUAGUGUUGUACUCAUUAAAAAGGGUCUCGUAUUGGAGGCCGAGAAGAAUAUCUCAACACAACUACGAGUCAUGAAUCUGAACGACUCGUCCCCUUACGAGACACUGCACUCGUAUGUGUCCGCAGCCGUCGCCCCGUAUUUCAAGUCUUACGUCAAAGAGACCGGAAGAGCAGAGAGAGACGGCGAUAAAAUGGCGCCGACGGUCGAGAAGAAGAUCGCGGAGUUAGAGAUGGGUCUUCUGCACCUCCAGCAGAACAUCGAUAUCCCAGAAAUUAGUUUACAAAUACAUCCAAAUGUUUUGUCAGUUAUUAAGAAGUGCUCCGAAGAGAAGAGACGAGUCAUUGUCGACGAGUUCGGCGAAAAAGUAAACGAUUCCGUGUUUUUGAAUCAACUCCAGAGUGGAGUGAAUCGUUGGAUUCGCGAGAUUCAGAAAGUGACAAAACUGGACAGAGAUCCGUCUUCUGGAACCGCUAUUCAAGAGAUUAGCUUUUGGCUGAAUCUGGAGAGAGCUCUUCUACGCAUUCAAGAGAAGAGGGAGAGUACGGAAGUGGCCAUCACUUUGGAGAUUCUCAAGAAUGGAAAGCGCUUUCACGCGACCGUCAGUUUUGAUGCCGACACUCGCCUGAAGGAAGCGCUUUCCACUGUCAGUGAUUACAAUCCUCUGAUGAAAGACUUUCCUCUCAACGAUCUGUUGGCGGCCACAGAACUCGACAAAAUCAAAAUGGCUUUGCAGUCGAUAUUUCAACACUUGAGAAAAAUCCGAAACACAAAAUAUCCGAUAAAAAGAGCGCUUAAACUAAUGGAAGCGAUCUCUCGGGACCUGAUGUCACAGAUGUUGAAAGUGUUGGGCACCCGUCGAAUGAUGCACAUCCCCUUCGAUGAGUUCGAAAGGGUGGUCACCGCCUGUUCCGAAGUGUUCAUCACAUGGGAUGACGAAUACGACAAACUUCAGGGCCUUAUGAGAGAUAUUGUCAAAAAGAAGAGAGAAGAGCACUUGAAGAUGGUUUGGAGAAUCAAUUUGGCCCACAAGAGAUUGCAGUCACGAAUGGAACAAAUGCGCAAAUUUCGUCGACAACACGAACAGCUCCGGGCAGUCAUUAUUCGUGUCUUAAGACCAGUCGUUAAGGCCGUAAAAGAGGGCGAAUCUAUAAAUGAUGUCAAUUCUGAAAAGGAUUCGACACUUUCGUCCAUUGAUUCCGCGGACAUGAAUGCCAUUGAAGAAGUGAACAAUGCCUACGAACUCGUCAAAGAAGUGGAUGCGCUCGACAUCAGCAAAGAGGGAACCGAUGCGUGGGAAGCGUCGAUGAAGAGGUAUGAAGAGCGCAUCGAUCGCGUUGAGGCCAGAAUUACAGCCAAAUUGAGAGAUCAGUUGGGAAUCGCUAAGAAUGCGAACGAAAUGUUCAGAAUAUUCUCUCGAUUUAACGCUCUGUUCGUGAGACCACACAUUCGCGGCGCUAUUCGUGAAUAUCAAACACAACUAAUCCAGAGAGUGAAGGACGACAUCGAAUCGCUUCACGAGAAGUUUAAAGUUCAAUACCCGCAGAACAAGGCCUGCAAAAUGAGUCGCGUCAGGGAUUUGCCGCCCGUUUCCGGGUCUAUAGUUUGGGCGAAACAAAUCGAAAGACAACUCUCUGUUUACAUGAAACGAGUGGAGGAUGUGUUGGGCAAAGGCUGGGAGAAUCACGUCGAGGGCCAGAAGCUUAAGAGCGACGCCGACAGCUUUCGCAUGAAACUCAACACUCAGGGAAUCUUCGAUGAGUGGACACGAAAUGUCCAACAAAGACAACUCAAUGUCUCGGGAAGAAUAUUCAAUAUCGAAAGCUUCAGGUCUAAGAGCGGCAAAGGAAGUGUUCUUAAACUUCGCGUCAAUUUUAUGCCCGAAAUCAUAACUCUUGCCAAAGAAGUGCGAAAUCUGCGGAGUUUAGGCUUUAGAGUGCAGUUAGCGAUUGUGAACAAAGCCCAUCAGGCGAACCAACACUACCCGUUCGCCGUCUCACUCAUUGAAACAGUCAAGUCAUAUGAGAGGGCGUGUGAGAAAGUAGAGCAGAGACCCACUGUUGCCCUUCUCGUGGCCGGACUCAAGCGAGACGUCCAGGACUUGAUCGCUGAAGGCGUUAGUCUCGUUUGGGAGUCUUAUAAAAGAGAUUCUUAUGUCCAAAGACUGGCCGAAAGUGUAUUCAAUUUUCAGGAGAAAGUGGAUGAGCUGUUGGACGUCGCGGAACAGAUCGAGAUCGAAGUCCGAAGCAUUGAAGGCUGCAGUUAUAGCACAACUGUUUUGUCGGAAAUUCUUAACAAAAUUCAGAAAGCGGUCGACGACUUGAGUUUACAGCGGUAUUCAAAUCUAAGCGAAUGGGUUACACGACUGGACGAAGAGAUUGAGAUUAAUCUCGCGGUCAGACUUGAGGCCGGAAUCAGAGCGUGGACUCAAGCGCUGUUAGGCAAUAACGACGAAGACAUGGAUGUGUUGACUGACACCGACUCUCCGACUACUGUUGUGGCCAAACCCGGAGGCGAUCCUAAGAUUCAGAAAAUGAUACACGAGAUCCGAAUCACGAAUCAAGUGAUGUAUGUGAGCCCCAGUGUGGAAGAGGCGCGCUUUGAUCUCAUGCAACAGCUGUUCGCGUGGGAGAACGUGGUGUUGACUUUGAACCGAAUCGAGAGCACCAGAUAUCAGGUCGGGUUAGACAGACCGGCGGCGCCUCAAUACAGGGAUCUAUUGAAUCGAAUGCCCGAAGGAGUCAUUGUUCUCGAAGCCGCUUACGAAGCCAUCGAAGGCAAAGUGAAACAAAUGCAAGAUUAUAUCACUCAAUGGUUGACAUAUCAGUCUCUGUGGGACCUCCAGCCGGAUAUGUUGUAUUCAAAACUCGGAGAGAAUACCUCUCUUUGGAUGAAUACUUUGGUUGAGAUAAAGAAGUCGAGAACUACUUUUGAUACGACAGAAACGCGUAAAGAGAUCGGCCCUAUAAUUGUUGAUUACGCCAAAGUGCAGUCUAAGGUGACUCUCAAAUACGAUUCGUGGCAUAAAGAAGUUCUGAGCAAAUUUGGCGGACUCUUAGGCACAGAGAUGUCUGGUUUGCACUCAAUUAUAUCGAAAUCUCGGACUGAAUUGGAACAGCACUCCAUCGAUACGGCCAACACUAAAGAUGCCGUCACUUUCAUUACGUACGUGCAGUCGUUGAAGAAUAAGACCCGUCAGUGGGAGAGACAGGUGGAGACAUACAAAGAGGGGCAGAGGAUUCUGGAGAGACAGCGCUUCCAAUUCCCCAACAAUUGGCUUCACGUCGACAACAUUGAAGGCGAAUGGAGUGCUUUCAAUGAGAUUAUGAAACGCAAAGACGCAUCCAUUCAACAACAAGUGUCGAGCCUUCAGGUGAAGAUUGUGGCCGAAGACAAGUCCGUUGAGUCGCGAACUCUAGACUUUCUUCAUGAGUGGGAGAGAGGAAAGCCCAUCGAAGGGUCGUCUUCUCCUAAAGAAGCCUUAAAUCGUUUGACUAUUUUUGAGACCAAAUUUAAUCACUUGAGAGAAGAUCGCGAUAACGUGUUGAGAGCGAAAGAGGCGCUCGAAUUGCUUGAACCCGGUUUGGCUCCCGUCAGUGCCAGCGAUGAGAAACUUCAGGUCGCACUCGAAGAGCUUCAAGACUUGAAAGAAGUUUGGACUGAAUUGUCUAAAGUUUGGGAACAAAUGGAUUUAUUAAAAGAGUUGCCGUGGCUUUCAGUCCAACCGCGAAAACUUCGUCAACAAUUGGAUGGACUGAUGGCUCAAUUGAAAGACAUGCCGGCAAGGCUUCGACAGUACGCGUCCUAUGACUUCGUCAAACGUGUGCUGCAGUCCUAUACCAAAGCAAAUAUGUUAAUCAUUGAACUCAAAUCGGAUGCACUCAAAGAGCGCCACUGGAGACAAUUGACUCGUCAGCUCAACGUUAGAUGGGUUUUGUCUGAACUGACUUUAGGACAGGUCUGGGACGUCGACCUCCAACGCAAUGAGUCCACUGUGAAGGACAUAAUACUCGUGGCUCAGGGAGAGAUGGCUCUCGAAGAGUUCCUCAAACAGGUCCGGGAAGCGUGGCAGACAUAUGAACUCGAUUUAGUCAACUAUCAAAACAAGUGCCGUAUUAUCCGUGGAUGGGAUGACCUCUUCAAUAAAGUCAAAGAGCAUAUAAACUCGAUAACAGCGAUGAAACUGUCGCCAUAUUAUAAGGAGUUCGAAGAGGACGCCCUGUCGUGGGAGGAGAAGCUCAACAGAAUUAACGCACUCUUCGAUGUGUGGAUUGAUGUCCAAAGACGUUGGGUAUAUCUGGAGGGCAUAUUCAGCGGCAGUUCCGAUAUUCAGGCUUUACUUCCCGUCGAGACGUCACGCUUUCAGUCAAUCAGUUCUGAAUUUUUGACUUUAAUGAAGAAAGUGUCCAAAAGUCCAAUGGUUAUGGAUGUGCUCAACAUUCCCGGAGUUCAGCGCUCUUUAGAACGAUUGGCCGAUCUUUUGGGCAAAAUUCAAAAAGCUUUGGGAGAAUAUCUGGAAAGAGAGAGGUCUUCGUUCCCCCGAUUCUAUUUCGUUGGCGACGAAGAUUUGCUCGAAAUUAUCGGAAACAGUAAAAACAUUCCUCGACUUCAAAAGCACUUUAAGAAAAUGUUUGCCGGCGUUUCCUCUAUUAUUCUCAAUGAAGACUACACUUUAGUGUUGGGUUUGUGUUCCAAAGAGGGCGAAGAAGUGCUGUUCCCGACCCCCAUAUCUAUUGUUGAACACCCGAAGAUUAAUGAAUGGCUGAGUCUUCUCGAGAGGGAAAUGCGCAUAACAUUAGGCAAACUGUUGGCCUCAGCGGUGGCAGAGAUCGCGCCCUUUAGGAGCGGAAACAUAGAAAUUGAUAAAUUUGUCAAAUGGUUGGACACAUUUCAGGCGCAGAUCAUUGUUCUCGCGGCGCAGAUAUCGUGGUCUGAAUACGUGGAGAACACUCUCUUACAGAUUAGUAAUCAAAAUCUCAAAACGUGUGAAUUAUUGGAAAAUGUGUUAAAAUCGGUGGAAAUGACACUCAAAGUGUUGGCCGAUUCUGUGCUUCAGGAACAGCCGAAUUUGCGCCGCAAAAAGUUGGAACAUCUCAUCACUGAAUUUGUCCACAAGCGAGACGUGACGCGCGCUCUCAUUAAAAACAAUGUCUGUUCUCCCAAAUCGUUUGACUGGUUGUCGCAAAUGAGGUUUUAUUUCGAUCCCCGACAGCACGAUGUCCUCCAACAGCUGUCUAUUCAUAUGGCGAACGCUAAGUUCAACUACGGGUUUGAAUACCUCGGAGUUCAGGACAAACUCGUUCAGACGCCUCUCACCGAUCGCUGUUAUCUAACAAUGACUCAGGCAUUGGAGUCACGACUGGGCGGCUCUCCCUUCGGACCCGCCGGCACUGGAAAGACUGAAUCAGUGAAAGCAUUGGGCAAUCAAUUGGGAAGAUUUGUUCUGGUGUUCAACUGCGACGAGACGUUUGAUGUGCAGGCGAUGAGCCGUAUAUUCGUGGGUCUGUGUCAAGUGGGCGCCUGGGGUUGCUUUGAUGAGUUCAACCGAUUGGAAGAGCGAAUGUUGAGCGCAGUCUCGCAACAGAUUCAGAUGAUUCAGGAAACGCUCAAAAAUUUGCAAAACAAAUCUGAAUUAACUGUCGAACUGAUUGGAAAGCAGGUGCGGCUGAACGCAGAUAUGGCUAUCUUUAUCACUAUGAAUCCCGGAUACGCCGGACGCUCUAACUUACCCGACAAUCUCAAGAAGUUGUUCCGCUCGUUGGCUAUGAAUAAACCCGACCGACAACUCAUCGCCGAAGUUAUGUUAUUCUCUCAGGGCUUCCGAACGGCCGAGAAGUUGGCCACAAAAAUAGUCCCAUUCUUUAAACUCUGUGACGAACAGUUGUCCAAUCAGUCUCACUAUGACUUUGGCUUACGAGCGCUUAAGAGUGUUCUCGUGAGCGCCGGUAAUAUUAAAAGAGACAGAAUUCAGAAAAUCAAAGAAGAUAUGAAAGAAAGAGGAGAAGGAGACAAAAUUAAUGAGGGAUUGAUCGCAGAACAACUGCCCGAACAAGAGAUUCUCAUUCAAAGUGUGUGCGAAACAAUGGUUCCCAAACUGGUUGCCGAAGACAUUCCGUUACUUUUCUCUCUAUUAUCCGAUGUUUUCCCCGGAAUUAAGUACACGAGAGCUGAGAUGAAAGGCCUUAAGGAACAAAUAGUGAAAGUGUGUCACGAAAUGUAUUUGGUUUGUGAUUACGAGUCCGAGACAUCCAAUGAGGACAACAACGCCAGCUCUUGGACUGCAAAAGUGCUUCAAUUGUAUCAAAUAUCUCAACUAAAUCACGGCCUAAUGAUGGUCGGCCCGAGUGGUAGCGGCAAAUCGACGGCGUGGAGGGUUCUUCUUAGAGCACUCGAACGCUAUGAAGGCAUUGAAGGCAUCGCUCACGUAAUCGAUCCCAAAGCCAUAUCCAAAGAAGCACUCUAUGGAACACUGGAUCCCAACACUCGCGAGUGGACCGAUGGUCUGUUCACUCAUAUUCUCCGUAAAAUCAUAGACAACGUGAGGGGAGAGAUCAAUAAAAGACAAUGGAUUAUAUUCGACGGCGACGUCGAUCCCGAAUGGGUUGAAAAUCUCAACAGUGUUUUAGACGAUAAUAAACUGUUGACACUUCCAAACGGUGAGCGUUUAAGCAUUCCUCCAAAUGUCCGCAUUAUGUUUGAGGUGCAAGACUUGAAGUUCGCCACUUUGGCCACUGUUUCGCGCUGUGGUAUGAUUUGGUUCAGCGAAGAUGUGUUGUCCACUGAAAUGAUUUUCGAGAACUUCUUCUUGAGAUUACGUAACAUUGCAUUAGAAGACAUUGAAGACGACUUCCCCACCUAUGGGACGAAGAAGUUGCGAACCGACAGCGAAGGCAAUCAAUCAGAAGUACAACACCCGAGUCUUCAGACACAGCAGGACUUCGCCAAUAUAUUGCAGCCAUACUUCACAUUAGACGGACUCGUCGUGAGAGCGUUAGAGUUCGCCUCAAAACAGGAACAUAUCAUGGAUUUCACGCGAUUGCGAGCUCUGAGCAGUUUGUUCUCGAUGUUGAACCAGUCGUGUAGAAACAUAUUGAACUACAAUCACAAUCAUACAGACUUCCCGAUGCAACACGACGUUCUCGAGCGCUUCAUUCCCCGAUCGCUAGUCUAUGGCCUGUUGUGGUCUUUCGCCGGCGACGCCAAACUCAAAGUGAGGAGUGAUUUGGGAGACUUUAUUCGCAGCAUUACUACCAUUCCGUUACCGCCGGCCAACUCAGUCACUCCACUCAUUGACUACGAGGUGACGUUCAACGGCGAGUGGUCUCUCUGGCAGAACAAAGUGCCACAGAUUGAGGUCGAGACCCAUAAAGUGGCCGCACCUGAUGUCGUGGUCCCCACAGUCGAUACAGUGAGACACGAAUCGCUAUUGAAUACAUGGCUCGCAGAGCAUAAGCCGUUGGUGUUGUGCGGACCGCCCGGUUCUGGAAAGACUAUGACAUUAUUUAGUUCAUUGCGUUCACUGCCAGACAUGGAAGUCGUUGGCCUAAACUUCUCCAGCGCUACCACUCCUGAGUUGUUACUGAAGACAUUCGAUCACUACUGCGAGUAUAAAAAGACACCGAAUGGAGUCGUGUUGUCUCCCAUUCAGAUCGGAAAGUGGCUCAUAUUGUUUUGCGAUGAAAUCAAUUUGCCUCAAGUCGACAAAUACGGAACCAUUCGAGUGAUCUCCUUCUUGAGACAACUCGUCGAAUGCGGAGGUUUUUACAGAACUACUGAUCAGACAUGGGUUCGGUUGGAGAGAAUACAGUUUGUGGGCGCCUGUAAUCCGCCCACAGAUCCGGGCAGAAAACCUUUGUCUCAUCGCUUCUUACGUCACGUUCCGGUCAUUUAUGUUGACUAUCCGGGAGAGACAUCUCUUAAACAAAUUUACGGCACCUUUAAUCGAGCGCUCCUCAGAAUAGUUCCGGCGCUCAGGACAUACGCCGAGCCGUUGACCGCAGCUAUGGUUGAGUUUUAUCUUAUAUCACAAGAGAGGUUCACUCAAGACAUGCAACCGCAUUAUGUCUACUCUCCCCGAGAGCUGACGCGUUGGGUUCGAGGCAUUGUUGAGGCCAUUCGACCCCUCGAGACGCUUACAGUUGAAGGUUUGGUGCGUUUAUGGGCUCACGAGGCGCUCCGGCUAUUCCAGGAUCGCUUGGUUGAAGACGCGGAACGCUUUUGGACCGAUGAGAACGUGGAUGUGAUUGCACUCAAACACUUCCCCAAUAUUGACAAACAGACAGCUCUUCAGCGGCCAAUACUUUACAGCAAUUGGUUGUCCAAAGAUUACAUUCCCGUCGAUCGCGAAGUAUUGCGUGAAUUCACAAAAGCGCGGCUCAAAGUGUUCUAUGAAGAAGAACUCGAUGUCUCUCUUGUGUUGUUUAAUGAAGUGUUGGAUCACGUGUUGAGAAUCGACCGAAUCUUCCGUCAACCUCAGGGACACGUCCUGUUGAUUGGUGUGAGCGGUGCGGGAAAGACAACGCUCUCCCGGUUUGUCGCGUGGAUGAACGGCUUAAGUGUCUUUCAAAUCAAAGUCCACAACAAAUAUUCGGCCGCAGAUUUUGACGAAGACUUGCGUUCAGUUCUGAGGCGUUCCGGUUGUAAAGACGAGAAGAUUUGCUUUAUUUUAGACGAGUCUAAUGUUAUGGACUCUGGAUUUCUCGAACGAAUGAACACAUUGUUAGCCAACGGAGAAGUGCCCGGACUUUUCGAAGGCGACGAAUUCACUACUCUUAUGACUCAAAUCAAAGACUCGUCACAGAGAGAGGGCCUUAUGCUUGACUCCAACGAAGAACUAUACAAAUGGUUUACACACCAAGUGAUCAAAAAUCUUCACGUCGUCUUCACAAUGAAUCCGUCGUCUGAAGGCCUCAAAGACCGAGCGGCCACUUCUCCCGCUCUCUUCAAUCGAUGUGUUCUCAAUUGGUUCGGCGACUGGACUAAUGAGGCGCUCUUCCAAGUGGGCCGAGAGUUCACGUCAAAGCUGGACAUCGAUAAUACCAAAUACGUUGCGCCGCAAUACUUCCCGUCGGCGUUCCCGGGCUUUACGGCCAACCCAACGCAUAGGGACGCCGUUAUCAACGCAUUCGUGUAUAUCCACCAAACCCUACACCACGCGAACGAACGGCUAGUAAAACGUGGCGGAAGAGUGACGACAAUAACUCCGCGCCAUUAUCUCGAUUUCAUUAACCAUUACGUGAAACUGUAUUACGAAAAGUGUUCCGAACUCGAAGACGAACAGUUGCACCUCAAUGUCGGCCUCUCGAAGAUCAGAGAGACUGUGGAACAGGUCGAGGAAUUGCAAAAGUCAUUGGCUUCGAAGAGCAAUGAAUUGGAGGCCAAGAAUCAGGCGGCGAACGCCAAACUGAGAGAGAUGUUGAAAGACCAACAGGAGGCCGAACGACGCAAAGUAGAGUCACAGGAAUUGCAAAUUAGACUCAAAAAACAAGAGGCGUCGAUCGCCGAGAAGACCGACGACGUAAUGGCAGACUUGGCUAAAGUGAAACCGGCGGUAGAAGAGGCACAACAAGCCGUCCAGUCAAUUAAAAAACAGAAUUUAGUUGAGGUUAGAUCUAUGAUGAAUCCUCCGCCAGCCGUUAAGUUAGCCCUCGAAUCGAUUUGCCUUUUGUUGGGCGAAACGACCACUGAAUGGAAAAUAUACUUAUCAUUUAUUAUCUAUUUAUUACACUAUUUAGCGGUCAAAGCCAUAAAACGGCAGCAUUUAGUGGAAGUGCGGUCAAUGAGUAACCCUCCACUUCCCGUCAAGAUAUGUCUCGAAUCCAUUUGUCUAUUACUCGGCGAACCGUUUCAAGAGUGGAAACUCAUCAGAAGUGUCAUUAUUCGGGAGAACUUUAUCACAAACAUAAUC